GAAGGCGCGGCGAAGCAGGGGGGCGCUGACCCAGGGGCGGUGCUUAAAGCGUUGCUUUCAGGAAAGAGGCCCGACGAGGUGCCGCGUCCACUGGGUUUGCGCGCGCGCGGCGAUUUCGGUGCCGUGCAGGCGACGCACCUCGAGUUCGCCAGCGUGGUGUCUGAUGUCAGCGUGGAAGGUUUGCCCGCGGAAUGUUGGCCCAGGCGCUCGCGCAUGUUCGCGCGAGCGGCGCACUUUCGGCGUCGCCCCUCGCGCAGUUCGCACCGCGUGGGCGAACUGGCCGCAGAGGCGGCCAAGCUCAAGAAGGUCGGCGUUGCCUCGCCGUUUGUGCUGGUGGAUCUGAAGAAAUGGCUUCCUGAAUUCGCGGCUCUCAAGGAAGUCCUCCAGGAAGAGGACAGGGAACAAACUCACCGAGGCGCGCUGGUUUCGCGAUCGAACCUGCGCAACGCGUUGCUUUUGCUGCAGGAUCUUCUCGAUCUGGCCAACGCCAUCAAGGCCAACGGCCAAGAGGGGAAGCGCAAGACGUUGGCCGAGGACGCGUGUGGCCGCGAUGAGAAGCCCGACGCGGGCUCAGGGGGCGGCAGCAAUGGCGGGGCAAGAGGUUCCAGCGACAGCGGCACAGGCGGAGGUGCGCAGAACGACCGCCGCGGCUCGUGGUCGCGCGGUGAUUUGGCAAGACCGCAGCGCGUGGUCGAGCGGCCGCUCCUCGUGGUCUUCUGGCGACCGCAGGCCGCGCGCGCCGCCCAG